AUGUCGACAACAGUGGUGACCGUAACCAGUUAUUCAACUCCGGUCCCUGAGCCUACGAACCCGGGUACAGGUGCUGUCUCUGCUACACCGGCACCGGCUUCCAAUCAAUCUUGGAUUGAAGGUCAUUGGCGAUGGAUUCUUAUGGUGUGCAUUCUAGCAGUGGGAUUUGCACUUCUCACCGGGCUCGCUAUCUGGCUCAAGCGCAGACAUCGCAGGAAGGUUGAAAAACAAAGAGCUGCUGUCUCUGGCUUCCCCACUGCGACAGAAAAAAAAGAUGGAGCUCGUUCCGCCACCCCGGAUCUUUGGGGCCCCCAUCAGCACAUGCAUCAUACCAGAGGCUGGGAGUAUAAUCAAGAUCCCGCCAUCAUGGGAAGUGGUGCUCUUGUUGUGACUAGCGACAGACGUGGUUCUCGGAGAUCGAAGAAGGCCUCAUCUUCUCAACGGAAGCAUCGUUAUCGCAACGAAAUGGCAGAAUUGGACGCCAGACGCGCUCCCUCCAGAUACCAGUCGUCAAAAGGCAAAUCCAGGGCUCCUGACGAAGCAGUUCGGCUCGACCCUGAAAUGGGUCCUGCGGAUAGAUGUCGUAGCAGAAGCCAAACAAGAAGAGAUCCGGAAAGAGAUCUGGAAAGGAAUAGCCAAUCUGAGCACCAAAGGCGGCUUCGCGAGGUUAGAGGAAGUCGUCGAAAGAAGAAUAUGGACCAGAGUUGA